GACCUGGAAGGCCAGAAGGGAAGGUGAGCAGAGAUGGGCAGAAUCCCUCAGACACAUAGGGAUCCGUCCUCCCUGAGUCCGUGCGCUAUCGGAUCAUCUCCUCCAGGCUCACGCCGGAAUUGUGCUCAGCCCACAGGGCCUUACUGUUGCAAUGACUGAGGAAUCAGAGGAGACAGUCCUAUACAUUGAGCACCGCUAUGUCUGCUCUGAGUGCAACCAGCUUUAUGGAUCCCUGGAGGAGGUGCUUGUGCACCAGAACUCCCAUGUACCCCAGCAACACUUUGAGCUGGUUGGUGUGGCUGACCCUGGAGUCACUGUGGCCACAGAAGCAGCUUCAGGCACAGGCCUCUAUCAGACCUUAGUACAGGAGAGCCAGUAUCAGUGCCUAGAGUGUGGGCAACUGCUGAUGUCACCCAGCCAGCUCCUGGAGCACCAGGAGCUGCACCUGAAGAUGAUGGCACCACAGGAGGCAGUGCCAGCUGAGCCACCACCCAAGGUGCCCCCACUGAGUUCCAGCACCAUACACUAUGAGUGUAUAGAUUGCAAGGCUCUCUUUGCCAGCCAGGAACUCUGGCUGAGCCACCGGCAGACACAUCUUCGGGCCACACCCACCAAGUCUCCUGCCCCAGUUGUCUUAGGGUCCCCAGUUGUCCUAGGGCCCCCUGUGGGCCAGGCACGAGUGGCUGUAGAACAUUCCUACCGAAAAGCAGAAGAGGGAGGGGAAGGGGCUGCUGUCCCAUCUGCAGCUGCCACCACCACCGAGGUAGUGACUGAGGUGGAACUACUACUCUACAAAUGCUCUGAGUGCUCCCAGCUCUUCCAGCUUCCAGCUGACUUCCUGGAGCACCAGGCUACCCAUUUUCCUGCUCCUGCCGCAGAGCCUGAGGAGCCUGCCCUACAGCAGGAGACUCUGACCCCAUCACCUGCAGAGGUGCCUGUGUCUCAACCUGACCCUCUGCCAGCUUCUGACCACAGUUAUGAGCUACGUAAUGGAGAAGCAAUUGGGCGCGAUCGCCGGGGGCGAAGGGCCCGAAGGAACAACAGUGGAGAGCCAGGUGGGGCAGCCACCCAAGAGCUCUUUUGCUCAGCCUGUGAUCAGCUCUUUCUCUCACCUCACCAACUACAGCAGCACCUGCGGAGUCACCGGGAAGGUGUCUUUAAGUGCCCCCUGUGCAGUCGUGUCUUCCCUAGCCCUUCUAGUCUGGACCAGCAUCUUGGAGACCACAGCAGUGAGUCCCACUUCUUAUGUGUAGACUGUGGCCUGGCAUUUGGCACAGAGGCCCUCCUCCUAGCCCACCGGCGAGCUCAUACCCCAAAUCCUCUGCAUUCGUGUCCUUGUGGGAAAACCUUUGUCAACCUCACCAAGUUCCUUUAUCACAGGCGUACCCAUGGAGCAGGGGGUGUCCCUCUGCCCACGACACCAGUCCCACCAGAGGAGCCUGUCAUUGGUUUUCCUGAGCCAGCCCCAGCAGAGACUGGAGAGCCAGAGGCCCCAGAGCCACCUGUGUCUGAGGAGAGCUCAGCAGGGCCUGCUGCCCCAGGUACCUACCGCUGCCUCCUGUGCAGCCGUGAAUUUGGUAAAGCUUUACAGCUGACUCGGCACCAGCGUUUUGUGCACCGGCUGGAGCGGCGCCAUAAAUGCAGUAUUUGUGGCAAGAUGUUCAAGAAGAAGUCUCAUGUGCGUAACCAUUUGCGCACACAUACAGGAGAGCGGCCCUUCCCCUGUCCUGACUGCUCCAAGCCCUUCAAUUCACCUGCCAAUCUGGCGCGCCACCGACUUACACACACAGGGGAACGACCCUACCGUUGUGGGGACUGUGGCAAGGCUUUCACGCAAAGCUCCACACUGAGGCAGCACCGCCUGGUGCAUGCCCAGCACUUCCCCUACCGCUGUCAGGAAUGUGGGGUACGAUUUCACCGCCCAUACCGCCUGCUUAUGCACCGCUACCACCACACAGGCGAGUACCCAUACAAGUGUCGUGAGUGUCCCCGCUCCUUCUUGCUGCGCCGGCUAUUAGAGGUGCACCAGCUUGUGGCCCAUGCUGGGCGCCAGCCCCAUCGCUGCCCCUCCUGUGGGGCUGCCUUCCCCUCCUCUUUGCGACUUCGAGAGCACCGCUGUGCAGCUGCUGCUGCUCAGGCCCCACGUCGCUUCGAGUGUGGGACCUGUGGCAAGAAAGUGGGCUCAGCUGCUCGGCUGCAGGCACAUGAGGCGGCCCAUGCAGCUGCUGGGCCUGGAGAGGUCCUGGCUAAGGAGCCCCCAGCUCCUCGGGCUCCAAGAGCCACUCGCACCCCAGUUGCUGCCUCCCCAGCAACCCUCGGAGGUACUGCCACCACAGCCUCCUCAGCCCCUGCCCGACGCCGGGGCUUAGAGUGCAGUGAGUGCAAGAAGCUGUUCAGCACAGAGACAUCAUUGCAAGUACACCGGCGUAUCCACACAGGAGAGCGACCAUACCCAUGUCCAGACUGUGGCAAGGCCUUCCGUCAGAGUACCCACUUGAAAGACCAUCGGCGCCUGCACACAGGUGAGAGGCCCUUUGCCUGUGAAGUGUGUGGCAAGGCCUUUGCCAUCUCCAUGCGCCUGGCAGAACAUCGCCGCAUCCAUACAGGUGAACGACCCUACUCCUGUCCCGACUGUGGCAAGAGCUACCGCUCCUUCUCCAAUCUCUGGAAGCAUCGCAAGACCCACCAGCAGCAGCAUCAGGCAGCUGUGCGGCAACAGCUGGCAGAGGCAGAAGCGGCUGUUGGACUAGCUGUGAUGGAGUCUGCAGUAGAGGCACUGCCCCUGGUAGAGGCCAUUGAGAUAUACCCUCUGGCUGAGGCCGAAGGGGUCCAGAUCAGUGGCUGAUUCUACCCUGUUUCCCUCUUUAGCACCACCAUGCCUUGUUGCUAAAGGCCCUUUUCCAGCAUCCCCUUAAACCUCUGUAUAUACUAUGUCCCUUUUUCUUUCCCCUCUCUGCCACUGUGUAAGUUCUGAAACUGGAUUUAUUCUCUUUUCUUAAGGGGAUGCUCUGGGGUCCUUGACAUGCAUAAAGAUGCCCCCACAACCCUCCACCCGUUAGCAUUGGUGACCCCGAAGUAAAAGAGUCAAUAAAGACUGAGUUAAACAUG